AUGUCCUUGGAAGAUAAAUUCUCAAAACUAUGCGUCACUGCUCAGCCAGAUGCGUUGGCUGUCAAGUCGUUAGUUUUCAAGCCAAAAACGCCCAAAUCUGCUACUCCAGUUCCUAUCAUCGUGGUCGCCUUGCAGACGACUUCGACAGCAACUGCGGUGAUCGGCAGCGCUACAAGCACCAAGGAACCACGUCUAGCUCGUGAUGAACUCUUUGCUUCUCAUUUUCAGUGUACCUCAGGAAAAGACUUCCAUCUAGGCCAUUUGUCUCAAGCUACUUCCGAGUUCAAGCUGCUCAUCGACGAUGGCUUGGCCAAGACGCAGGACUCUCAAGUGCUGCAGCUGACCGAGGACAAGUACAUUGCCAAAUCGGAGCUUCUUCACUUUUUGGAGGGGUUCUCCCCUCAGGUAGUUGACUUCUCGCAAGAGGCGCCAAAACAACAGGACUCCAAAAAACCUGCAAACAAGGCUGCUGUCACCAAUCAGAGCAAGUCUGCGGCAUUGGAAGAUGCGAAGCUUAUUGGUAUCACCGUCGAUAAGAAGAUGGACUUCUCCGGCUGGUACCAACAGGUCUUGACCAAGGGUGAAAUGUUGGACUAUUACGACGUUUCGGGCUGUUACAUCUUGAGACCUCCUUCUUAUGCUAUUUGGGAAGUUAUCCAAAAAUGGUUCGACGAAAAGAUUAAGGCGAUCGGCGUCGAGAACGCCUACUUCCCUAUGUUUGUUUCUUCGCGCGUUUUGGAAAAGGAAAAGGACCACGUUGAAGGAUUUGCUCCAGAAGUUGCAUGGGUCACAAGAGCCGGUUCAUCGGAAUUGGAGGAGCCAAUUGCCAUCAGACCCACAUCUGAAACUGUGAUGUACCCUUACUACGCGAAAUGGAUUCAAUCAUACAGAGACCUACCUAUCAAACUCAACCAAUGGAACUCUGUUGUUAGAUGGGAGUUUAAACAUCCCCAGCCCUUUUUGAGAACUAGAGAAUUUUUGUGGCAGGAAGGCCACACGGCCCACUUGACUAAGGAGGAUGCCGAAGAAGAAGUUCUGCAAAUUUUGGACUUCUACGCUGGCGUGUAUGAGGAGUUGCUUGCCGUUCCUGUCAUUAAAGGUAGAAAAACGGAAAAGGAGAAAUUCGCUGGUGGUGACUUCACAACUACAUGUGAAGGGUACAUCCCUCAAACUGGACGUGGUAUCCAAGGUGCUACUUCUCAUCAUUUGGGUCAGAACUUUUCGAAAAUGUUCAACAUCAGCGUGGAAAAUCCAUUAGGCUCCGAGCAUCCAAAGGUUUACGCGCACCAAAACUCCUGGGGUUUGAGUACUCGUGUGAUUGGUGUCAUGGUGAUGAUUCAUUCUGACAACAAGGGUUUGGUAUUGCCUCCAAGAGUUGCCCAGAAGCAAUGUGUUGUUCUACCAGUCGGAAUCAAUGCUAAAACCUCUGAUGAAGAGAGAGCCGCAAUUCACCAAAAGGCUAAAGAAAUCGAGCAGCAAUUGCGUUCUGCUGACAUCAGAGCUUUCGGUGAUUACAACGAUAAUUACACACCUGGCUGGAAAUUCGCACAAUACGAACUUAAGGGUGUGCCUUUGCGUUUAGAAUUUGGUCCUAAAGAUAUGGCCAAAGAGCAAAUCUCUGUUGUUCGCAGAAACGACAACCGUAAAUACACUGUCAAGUUGGAAGAGUUGACCACUCGUAUUCCCGAAAUUUUAGAGGAGAUGCAAAGAGAUCUUUACUUGAGAGCCAAAGAGCUUUUCGACUCUCACAGAGUGAUUGUUGACGAAUGGAAAGAUUUCGUGCCUGCUCUAAACAGGAAAAACCUUAUUUUGGCCCCAUGGUGCGGUGUCACAGAGUGUGAAGAAGACAUCAAGGAUUCUUCUGCCAAGAAGGACGACGGAGAGGAGUUUGAGGCUGAUGAAAAAGCUCCAAGUAUGGGUGCCAAAUCGCUUUGUAUCCCAUUCAAGCAGCCUGAACUGAAGAAAGGUCAACUAUGUGUCAGAUGUCAAAGAAAAGCGCUUUACUAUACCAUGUUUGGGCGCUCUUACUAG